GUUUUGUUUUAUUUUUUAAAUGUAUUUGUUCUUUGCUUAUUGCAGGCAUUAUGUGGUCCGAGGUCCUGAGAUGACACCUUAUGAAGGUAAACUACUGAUCACCAGGGUUUUUUUUGUUUUUUUUGUGGGGAGGAAGAGGGAUGGGCAAAUAAUCAUGAGCAAUUAAAGGAAUUCUCUAGUGUAAGGAAUACACAUACAAAGUUGUAUUCCUUUCACUAUAGUUCCUUCUAGCCACGUGCCCCCUCCCUUUACUGACACUUGAUGUCUGCGUGAGGACUUCCAGUGUCAGGCGACUAAAAGUCACAUAGCCACCAGGAAAUGCCUUUAGUGGCUGUCUGCCACUAAAGGCAGUCGUAGUUUCUCAUAAAUUGCAAUGAUUUACAUUGCAGGACUAAGUGGAAAUGGGACACUGCAACCAUACCACUUAAAUGAGCAGAAGUGGUCUCGGUGCCUAUAGUGUUCCUUUAAUACAGGGGUGCCCAAAAGGUAGAUCCACAGAUGUUUUAAAAUUACAGCUUACUUGAUGCUUUGUCUUUCUAAAGGCAUACAAAGCAUAAUGGGAGUUGUAGUUCUAUAACUUCUGGGGAUCUACCUUUUUGGGAACCCCUGCUUUAAUAGAAAAAAAUUAGGGUCCAAGCAGCAGAUAUACAACUGUUGUACAUAACUCCUCAUAAUAUGCAAGAAGCCACAGGAGUUGUUAUCUAACUGCUAAACGCCAAAUGCUAUCCCCUGCUUUAUUGCACUUGGUGGUGACAACUACUGAUAACCUGUGUAUUACUGAGCAUCUAUAUAUCCUUUAAAAACACCUCACCUAGGCAAAAAUAAUGUGGGUUUAGUUGCAAUAUAUGAUCAUACAUUGCAUAAGCCUGUCACAACGUCAAUGUACCACAUUCUUGGCAGUUCCUACUCUGGCAGCCUAAUUCCUGCUCUUAUGAGCUUACUCCACUUACUUGGGAAAUUCUUCCUCCCGGACUCUCUGAAGUACUAGGUUAAAUAGGGUUGUGGAAGGGGUACAAAACUGGGAAGUUGGCCUGCACUCCCAAAUAUAUUUAUAUAUGAUACCAAGAGGGCUGCACUCCCCUGAACAUGCAUACAUUAUAAGGGUGCUGCUGGAGCCAAAUCAUACAACAUAGACGAUCCAGCACACUCACUCAUUCACUAAACAGCAAUUCCAAGGUUCACAGAGUGUAAUAGUUUUAUUUAUUUUUAUCAUUUUUUGAGAUAUAAUUUUUUAUAUAAAUAAUGUCCACCUCUACAAAACAGCAGUUAGUGAAGUACACUUCACACGAUGCUCAGCCAGCCUAAAGUGUCAAAAUUAGCCGACACUAAUAUAGAUGUGACAAACAAGUGACAUUUGGCACUGUGAAUAACUAUUUAUUUAAAGAAGUGUCACUUUCAGAUGCUUGUUGCCACAUUUGCCAAAAUCAUUCAAUAUUUGUCUUAUUUCUUUUGAUUUAUGGUGUAAUUUCUAUGGAAUUCCAGUGCAGUCUGAGUCUUUCAUUAAAAUUUUCUCUUUAUAAAACUCCUAAAUUACAUUUCUGCUUUAAUGUCUGAUGUGUGUGUGUGUGUGUGUGUGUGUGUGUGUAUAUAUAUGUAUGUAUGUAUGUGUGUGUGUGUGUGUAUAUAUAUAUAUAUAUAUAUAUAUAUAUAUAUAUAUAUAUAUAUAUAUAUAUAUAUAUAUAUAUAAUAAUGUGUGUGUGUGUGUGUGUGUGUAUAUAUGUGUAUGUAUUCUAUCUUCAUGUAGAAUAUUUUAUUUUUUAUUCUGUUGUCCCCCAGGUGGAUAUUACCAUGGCAAACUUGUAUUUCCCAGAGAAUUCCCCUUUAAACCACCUAGUAUUUAUAUGAUCACCCCUAAUGGACGAUUUAAAUGUAACACACGGUAAGGAUUCCUAAUUUAGCUAUUUCUUUUAUGCUUUACUAUAGGAUUGCCUUAAUAUUAGAUAUGUUUUGGUUGCCUAUGUAUUUUAGAUACUCUAAAUGUGUACUGACAAAUAUAUUCAAAAGGCAGAGGAAGGCAAAAUAUCAACUGGCGCUAUUGCAAGGACUGUGAUUUUAGUAUAGUUUUGUUAUACACUGCCUGGCCAAAAAAAGUCACCAUAAAAAAAAAAAGGUCUUUAGCUUUGAUUACGGCACGCAUUCGCUGUGGCAUUGUUUCGAUAAGCUUCUGCAAUGUCACAAGAUUUAUUUCCGUCCAGUGUUGCAUUCAUUUUUCACCAAGAUCUUGUAUUGAUAAUGGGAGAGUCUAACCACUGCGCAAGGCCUUCUCCAGAACAUUGAAAAAGUUCUCAAUGGGGUUAAGGUCUGGACUCUGUGGUGGCAAAUCCAUGUGUGAAAAUGUCUCAUGCUCCCUAAACCACUCUUUCACAAUUUGAGCCCGAUGAAUCCUGGCAUUGUCAUCUUGAAAUAUGCCCAUGCCAUCAGGGAAGAAAAAAUCAAUUGAUGGAAUAACCUGGUCAUUCAGGCAGUCAACUGACCUCAUUUUUUUUGGGCGCAUGAUGUUGCGGAACCUAGACCUGACCAACUGCAGCAACCUCAGGUCAUAGCGCUUCCCCCACAGGCUUGUACAGUAGGUACUAGGCAUGAUAAGUGCAUCACUUCAUCUGCCUCUCUUCUUACACUGAUGCGCCGAUCAUUCUGGGCCAGGGUAAAUCUGGACCACAUGAUUUUCCUACCGUUGUUCCAGAGUCCAAUUUUUAUGCCCCCUAGCAAAUUGAAGCCUUUUUUUUCCGAUUAGCCUCACUAGUAGUUUUCUUAAGGCUACACAGCUGUUCAUUCCCAAUCCCUUGAGUUCCCUUUGCAUUGUGCGUGUGAAAAUACUCUUUUUUUGACUAUUAAACAUAGCCCUGAGUUCUACUGUUGGUUUUCUACAAUUUGAUUUCACCAAGCGUUUAAGUGAUCGAUCACGACCAAUCAGGAUUUUAUCCGGCCACUAUUCUUCCUCGAAGGUGAUGGUUCCCCACUAUCCUUCCAGUUUUUAAUAAUGCGUUGGAGAGUUCUUAACCCAAUUUUAGUAGUUUCUGUAAUCUCCUUAGAUGUUUUCUCUUGAUGCAUGCCAAUGAUUUGACCCUUCUCAAACAGACUAACAUCUUUUCCACUACCACAGGAUGCGUCUUUCGACAUGGUUGUUUAAGAAAUGAGAAACUACUCAUUGCAUCACUUGUGGUUAAAUAACUUGUUUCCAGCUGAAAGAUGAUCACCCAUGCAGUAACUAUCCAAUAGGAGGCUUUUACCUAUUUGCUUAGUUAAAUCCAGGUGGCGACUUUUUUUUUUUGGGCCAGGCAGUGUAUAUAGUCAGUUUAUUUUAGAGUAUUGUGGAGGGGGAUAUGGUAAGUGCAGCAGAUGCAGACAUGUGGGUUAAAUUAUUAAAAUCAAGAAAUAUAACUGGCUUUCCCCUUAUGUAUUCUUCCCGCAGUCUCUGCCUUUCAAUAACAGACUUCCACCCAGACACCUGGAACCCUGCAUGGUCGGUCUCUACAAUCCUAACUGGUCUGCUCAGCUUUAUGGUGGAAAAGGGACCCACGCUUGGGAGCAUAGAAACGUCAGACUUUACAGUAAGCAUCAAUAACUCCAUCUGGAAAGCCAUUUGUAGAUUUUGUAUUUUUAUUUUGUUUUAAAACGGAAACUUCACAUACCAUAACAAUUUAUAAGUUCUAAUGCAAGGAUGUCCCCUGUCCUUUCUCCGUUUUUUACAAUUGUUUUAAAUACACGUUUAUUCACAGUACAGUAUCCAGAAUUCUUCCUAUACAAAGGAAGGAAUUGCAAGAAUUCAGUAGAAAAAGAAUCAUGAACAUGGACUUGAGUUUACAGUUAUGACAUCCUUAGUGAGCACUACAGAUUACAGCAUUUGCCAGAUUAGAGCGCUCUAACAUCAUGUAUACAUAAUAGUGUGAGAACCGUUUGAACUGUAAAAGGUGAACCGCGUCGGCUCCGGUGAGCUAAACAUUGACCAUCUCCCUCUGCCAUCCAAAAAAUCUUACCUAAGGCCAUCUGAUGGUUGUCAAAUGUCUCCAUACUUAUCCUAGCGAUACGUGGCCUUUUGUGGGUACCAUAGUUUUGUGUGUACCAGUUAUUAGGAAAAAAAAGUAACUGGUGCAGUAACUGAUAUCAAAUAGUAUGUAAACACAAAAGAUGCAACAUGUAUGUAUGAGCAAAAAGUUGAUUCCAAACCAAAUAUAAUAUAAAUGACCUAAUAUGGAUGGUAGUGCAAAAUCAUAUGUUUCCCAAAUAUUGGGGGGUGGGGGGGAAAUGGGUGGUAUACACCUUAGUGCUCUACUGUAGAGGGACUUUGGUGGUAUCAGUGUCUGGCUUAUACAUCAAAGAUGAUGGUAACAAUUCUAUUUUAAUUCUAUAUUGUAAGGAAUCAGUUUGCACACUGUAGAAUGUGACAAAUUCCAACUUGUUUACUAGACCCAUUAGGUGGUACUGUCAUUCUAAUUAUUAUUGAAGGAGAUAUUGGGUGCAGUUGUGAGGAAUUCAGUAGAUAAGUUUAUAAUGCACUUUAGCAGCAGCUUGUACAGUGCGAUGUUAUCUCCCCAUAGUGCUCCGGGUACACUUCUGCACUCUUGUACAUUUACUGAGAAAUGCUGUAGAACAGCAUUCACACUCUUGUCACAGUGAGGGACAACUUUAUUUUCUUGGAAUAUCCUGGCUGUGCCAAGCAGUCAAGAAUACAAUUUUAAAAUAGUCUGAUUUCUUUUUUUUUUUUUUUUUUUAAAUAAAAAUACAACUCAUUGCUAAUUUUUUUUCUGACUGUGCAAAAAUCUCUCAUUACAGUGUCCUUUUAAGGUGGUUUCACAAGAAUGAGUUACAUUUGCUAUCCUUGAAAAGAAGAAAGAAACCCUGAAUAACGUCUAUUGAUUUUUCUUUUUUAAAAACUCCUUAUGCUGUUAACUUUGCACAGAGCUUUACGUCUGCCACACCUACACACUCACACUCCCUCUCCUCCUCUUUCAUAUAAUAACUAUAACUGUUUUCCUGCCUCUGACAAACUGUUAAUAUGCAGUUUUUUUUGAGUGAGCUGGAACAGAUGCUUUUGUUUGUUUGUUCCAUUGAAAACUGAAAUAAUAUUUGUAUUUUGUAUGCUUCACAGAAACGACAACUAGCAGCACAAAGUUUAGCAUUCAAUUUAAAGGACAAAGUUUUUUGCGAACUGUUUCCAGAAGUAGUAGAGGUAAGGCUUCGCCUCGAUCAUAAACAACCAAACAAAAAGAAACAAAACUUAAAAUUGUAGAUAUUCGUUAUGUCUCCCAUUUGGUACAUAUUCUCCAAACGGUACCUGGAAUAAUGUGUAUCUGAUGUCAUUCGCACUGCCUCUUGCUGAGAGAGAAUGUAUGUGCUGACGGGUUAUGCUCACCAGCUAGAAACACAUACAUUUUGACACGAUCUACAAGAAAACAAAUCUUAGAAUUGUGUUUGUAUCUAGACCCUGGAAUGAGGCAUUCCUUCAAGCUACUAUGGUAACAUAGUUGUUUAUCAAUAAAAGUACAAUGCAUGGGAUAAAUAUAUUCCGAUUCCUGGAUUUAUUAUCCAAACUCACCCUUUACCCAUUAUAACCAAACUUUGCUAAUUAAUUUAACAUGCAAGCUUUCUGAAACUUGAUGAUAAUAGCGGGAUUUUACAUAAAAUUUAUCUGUUAACCUCUGCUCACUAUCUAUGUAUCUAUUUUUCUUCUUCAGGAAAUAAAACAGAAACAACGGGCACAGGAAGAACUUAACAACCGACCACAGACUCUUCCACUCCCAGAUGUUGUGCCAGACACAGAAGCUCACCUCGUGCAAAAUGGAGCUGCAAUUCUAAAUGGUCACGUUCCUUUGGCAGCCGGAAAUCAUGCUGGUCUGCAACAACCAAACCGUAACCAUGGACUUCUUGGGGGUGCAUUGGCUAAUGUCUUCGUUAUAGUGGGAUUUGCAGCCUUUGCAUACACAGUUAAGUAUGUACUGAGAAGCAUAGCUCAGGAAUGAGAGGUUCAUCUGAACCUCCCAAGAAGAAUCAGAGACCAAACUAGCGCUAGUCAGGAAGAAAAAUGAACUAAUAGGAGGAGAUGGACUCAUUCAGCGCCAUGUCUGGUCAUAACUAUUUGCGCUACACUCGUACAGGUGAUCUUUCAGUUGGCUCAUGGGUUUAUAAUUCUUUUUAGAACGUGAGAAGAGUGCGUAUUUUUCCAUGGCGGCAAAGAAAAGUAAGAGAAUCUGUUCUGUGUUCAAUAGUCUUUUUGGUUGUUUGUUGAUGGCUACCAGAUGUCCUCAUUUCUACAAUCUUUACCAUCUACUUUAAUACAGAAAUGAAUCACGUUUUAAGUAAAGUAAGUUGUAGCUCCUUUUUUCCUUUAUUUUCUUCCUUCCUCUUAAUCAUCCUAAAUGCUGCAAGGAAAUAUCAGACAGCUUUUCUGUGACUACCAUCUUACUGAGAAGAUGAGCCAGGGCUUAUUAGACUGCCUUUUGGUGACCAACAACUCUCAUAGAAGAUGCUGGAGCUGGAUACAGCUGUUCUGUUUUGCCACCGUUCUUAGAAGAUUACAUCUGGGACUAAUCUAAGCUUUCUUCAUUGCGUACCCACUACACCAUGUCUGCCACAAUGCAUUGCCUUGUUUUGGAAGGCAACCAUAAAGUGAUUAUAAGUCCCUAUAUUUAAUAAUAUACUUGUAUUCAUGUGUUCCUUUUUAAGUUGAGAUGUAAAUUUUAGAUAUGACAGCUGGUAUUUUAAGAUGAACUUUGGAAUUGUUAUAUAUCAG